AUUGGCUGCGUGGGCGAGGCGGCGGCGAGCCGUGUGCAGCGGCGUGUGUGGGGCCGUGCGCAGACCCGCGUGUGGCGCAGGCGAGGACCCCCCGAAAAUAAACAGCCGCCGCCCGGCGUAGCCGCCUGUCCCCGGGGCCUGCGACCGAGUCCCCGCCGCGACGCCGAAGUUGUGAAAUGAACAGGUCCCUUUAAAGCAGCCUGAAGGAGAGAUCGUCAGGAAGUAUUUGUUUAGCUUUCGAGACAGAUCUGCCUGCAGCCAUGAGCAGCAACGAGUGCUUCAAGUGUGGACGGUCCGGCCACUGGGCCCGGGAGUGCCCCACCGGCGGGGGCCGCGGCCGCGGGAUGAGAAGCCGAGGCAGAGGUGGUUUUACCUCGGAUAGAGGUUUCCAGUUUGUCUCCUCCUCUCUCCCAGACAUCUGUUACCGCUGUGGGGAGUCCGGCCACCUCGCCAAGGACUGCGACCUUCAGGAGGAUGAAGCCUGCUAUAACUGCGGCCGAGGCGGCCACAUCGCCAAAGACUGCAAGGAGCCCAAGAGGGAGCGGGAGCAGUGCUGCUACAACUGCGGCAAGCCCGGCCACCUGGCCCGCGACUGCGACCACGCCGACGAGCAGAAGUGCUAUUCUUGCGGCGAGUUUGGACACAUUCAGAAAGAUUGCACCAAAGUGAAGUGCUAUAGGUGUGGCGAGACCGGUCACGUAGCCAUCAACUGCAGCAAGACGAGCGAGGUCAACUGCUACCGCUGCGGCGAGUCGGGGCACCUGGCGCGGGAGUGCACGAUCGAGGCCACCGCCUAACCGUGCCCCCCGUCGCCCCUCCUUUUCUGAUCGAUGGUUGUAUUAUUUUCUCUGAAUCCUCUUCACUGGCCGACGGUUGGCGCACACACACACACACACACAGGCAACUCCCGGGCCAGUGAGCUUUACUUGCCGUGUAAAAGGAGGAAAGGGGUGGAAAAAAAAAAAAAAAAAAAAACAAAACCGACUUUCUGCAUUUAACUACAAAAAAAAAAAAAGUUUGUUUAGUUUGGUAGAGGUGUUAUGUAUAAUGCUUUGUUAAAGAGCCCCCUUUUCCGUGCCACUGGUGAAUAGGGAUCGAGGAGUGGGAAGAGUUGAGUCAGACCGCGAGCCCGUCCCGGGCUCCUCGAACUCGUUCCCACGUAGGAGGUAAAAUGAAUUCUGGAAGCAUCCACGAGCUUCCGUAAAUAACAUUAAUUUUUAGCAGCAGAACGAUGGCCUUGGAUCGUGUGACCUCAGUAGCUAUUAAAUAACAUCCAGUAACAUCUGUCUCGGGCCCGACCUAGAACAUACAGUUGAGUGGGGAGUCAACAAAAAGACAAACAUGCGUGUGAUAACGGCUGUUGCGAGAGAGAUCGGGGUGCAAGCCUAACCGUCCCCGCAGCGCAUGGAUGCUGCGCGUGUAGACGGCGUUGACGAAAGGUUUAGAACGACAUUUUUUGUUUUUCAAAGAUUAAAUCGAAAACCCGGAGUCAAAAACAUCAGCGCUCAGAGUUAGCAUCAUUCGAAGCUCUUCAGGAAUUGCAGAGAAAUGCAUUUUCACAGAAAUCAAGAGGUUAUUUUUGUAUACUAUUAUCACCUAGACAACUGUGUUUCCUUUGCAGUAAUGAGUUUUUAAAAGUCAGAUGGAAAAAGCAACUGAAGUCCUAGAAAAUAGAAAAAAUGUAAUUUUAAACUAUUCCAAUAAAGCUGGAGGAGGAAGGGGA